AUAACAGUAGGCAAAUCUACGAGUGGAUUACAAAGACGAAACGAAACAAACAAUUGCAAUUUCUCUCGCGUCGCUGCUUGUCUGUGUUUGUGUGUGUGCGUGCGUGUGUGUGUGUGCGAAGAGACACGAAAACAAUAACCCUAUUAGCGCAAAGCAAUCAAGCUGCGUGUCAGCGUAUGUGUGUUUAUGUCCGUGUGUGUGCGAGUGCGUGUGUUGUGUGUGUUCUGCGAAACUCAAAAUCUUAUGUGCCAAAUUUGAGCCUUGAUUGAGUGUGACUCGAAAACUUUGACUAGUUGCACCGUUAAAGUUCACACGACCGCAACUCACAGACCAGAACUCUCUCUCCCUCUCUCUGUCUCUGUCUCGACUCUUCGCAAAAAGUUUCACUUUUUCAAGUGCUUUGAGACUUUAAACGCCUUUUAGACGCCGUCGAAAGUUGCUCUUUGUUCGGCGGCUUCCAACCCACGUCAGGCAGGAGACACACGAAAGGAUUUUUUUCUGUGACACGCUUGAAGAAUUACUGCCAAAAUUUUCACGGACGGUAACAAGCUCGGUCCUGCAGCUGCGGGCAGAGGAAUGUUUUGCUAUCAGUGCCCCCCCGCCCUGCACCCGUGCGGUCCUCAUCCGCCGCGCCUGCCCACACUCGACUAUCCAUUUGCUGCCACUCAUCCAUAUACCAGUUACUCGUAUCAUCCUGCCAUACACGAUGAGACUUUUGUGCGACGCAAGCAGCGACGAAAUCGCACAACUUUCACAUUGCAACAGCUGGAGGAGCUGGAAACGGCAUUUGCCCAGACCCAUUAUCCGGAUGUCUUUACACGCGAGGAUCUGGCGAUGAAAAUCAACUUAACGGAGGCGCGAGUCCAGGUCUGGUUCCAGAAUCGACGCGCCAAAUGGCGCAAGGCGGAGCGACUCAAGGAUGAGCAACGUAAGCGAGAGAAUGGCGAAAGCAGCAGCUCAUUGGAUAAGCUGCAUGACUCACGCGAAUCCUCGCCAGACAUCACAGGCGAGAUCGACGAUGAUAUGGAUGAGCUGCCGCCGCGUCAGCGUUCCCAUAGUCCUUUAACAAAUGGGCCCCUGGAGCAGCAGCAUUCACGCAGUCCCACUGGUGGCCAUCAUCUGGACUCCAGCGAUAAUGAACGACCGCUGUCCUCCACACAGCUGACCGCCACACCGCACUCCGCCUCCCAAUCGCUGGGUUCCAUCAGCGCCGGCUCUCCCUCGCCGGGCAUGCGCGAGCAUACGCCAAUGGCUGGCGGAUUGGGCCCCAGCAGCCCCUCAAACUCACGCAACACGGACUCACCCAUCGAGGUGGGUGGCCCCAUGUCGCUGACCACCGGCUCUCGUAUGGCUGCCUCGUCCAACAACUCGGCGUCAUCGACACCAACGCCAACAACGCCGCACGCAGCACAGAUGCAACAUUCAGCUGCUGCCGCAGCCUUUGGUAGUCACAUUUUUGGCAGUUUUGGUGCCGGCAGCGUUGCCAACGAUAGCAAUUGCGGCUUUCGUCCCGUGCUGAGUGAGCAGAGCGCUGUGGCAGCAGCAGCAGCGGCAGCUCAGCGCAGCGCAAACCAUCCACCGCUUUUCCUGCCGCCACAUCUGGCUGCUCAGUUCUCGCAUCAGCCGCUCUUUCCGGGCCUUAAAGGUGUGUCGCCGUUUCAAAGCCUCUGUUCGUGCUGCUCGUUGAAGCCGCCACCGAUGCCGCCAUCGUCAUCGGCAUCUUCGUCGGUAAUGGCGCCGCUAAGCGUGCCUGUGAGCAGCAGCUCGGCGGCCAGUUCGCCGGAGUCGCCCAAGUCGAGCAGUGGCUGUGGCUCGCAUGAUCCACGCUCAAAUUCGGUGGCUGAGCUGCGGCGCAAGGCGCAGGAGCAUUCGGCCGCGCUGCUGCAAUCGCUGCAUGCCGCAGCUGCUGCCGGAUUGGCAUUUCCGGGACUGCAUUUGCCGCCGCUCUCCUUUGCCCAUCAUCCGGCUCUGGGGCAUGUCGUUAAUCACAAUAACAACAAUAGCAGCAGCAGCAACAACAACAAUGUGCUACGCAUGAAGCACGAGGCACAGGAUAUGACAGCGAGCACAAUGAAUGGGCUGGGCCCAAGCAUCCCCUCCAGCUCCACAUCAGCAGCUUUGCUCGAUCUGGCGGAAUCAGCAGCGGCAUAUCAUCAUCAUCAUCAGCAGCAACAACUGCAACAGCAGCAACUACAGCAUCAGCAACAGCAGCAACAUCAUUCCACCUUGUCGCCUCCGACCACACCAACUCAGCAGCAGCCACAGCAGUUGCCAUCGGUUGCUGCGCGUCCGGAUUCGCCGCCAGCAACAGCUGCUCCUGUCAAUGGCAGCACUCUACUUGCUAAAGCUGAGUAAGAAGUGCGAAGACGAGCAAAUCGUUUAAUAAUAACAUUAAAUUAUUAAUUUAAGUAUAUUAAAGUACUAUAUACAUAUAUAUGCCAAGUGGCGGAUCUACCAUUUAUGUAUUAGUUAUACGCAUUUAGAGGGCAAAAACACAAUAAAAGUCACAUCUACAAUACUUAUAGAUUACUUAGUUAGACAUUUAGACAGUUGUUGGUGCCAAUCAGCUGAAAUUCCAAACACUGAGAGAGCAACAGCUGAAGAGAGAGAGAGAGAGAGAGAGUAUGAAGAGAGAGAGCAUAGAGCGAGGAUGAUGCGGGCAUAAAGAAAUCUUUAAAAAAAUAAUCUUUUUAUAAUUCAUUCAUUCAU